GCCGGCGUUACCGUGGGGCUCACGGUCGUGCCGCAGGCGCUGGCGUACGCCGAGGUGGCCGGGCUGCCCGUGCAGUACGGCCUCUACUCUUCCUUCGUGGGCUGCUUUGUGUACUGCCUUCUGGGCACCGCCAAGGAUGUGACGCUGGGCCCCACUGCCAUCAUGUCCCUGCUUGUCUCGUCCUACACCUUCCAUGACCCUGCCUAUGCUGUGCUGCUCACCUUCCUAUCUGGUUGCAUUCAGCUGACCAUGGGGCUCCUGCACCUCGGUUUCCUCCUGGACUUUGUUUCCUGCCCAGUCAUUAAGGGCUUUACAUCGGCUGCUUCCAUAACCAUUAGCUUCAACCAGGUCAAGAACAUCCUGGGGCUGCAGGGGAUCCCUCGGCAGUUUUUCCUGCAGGUGUAUGAAACGCUGAGGAGGAUCGGGGAGACCAGGGUUGGGGAUGCCAUUCUGGGGCUGUCCUGCCUGGCUGCGCUCGUUGGGCUGCGGGCCAUGAAGAGCCGCCUGCACCCCACUGCCAGCACGGAGCCACUGCCUACCAGGGCCAGCAUCCUGCUCAUCCAGAGCUGUGCCACCGCACGCAAUGCCCUGGUGGUGCUGGCUGCUGGCUUGGUGGCAUACUCCUUCCAGGUGAGUGGCUCCCAACCGCUGACACUCACCGGCAGUGUUCCCCGUGGGCUCCCCCCGUUCUGUCCACCACCCUUCUCCACGGCUGUUCCCAAUGGCACUGUGCCCUUUGGCAGGAUGGUGCAGGACAUGGGGGCUGGGCUGGCCGUGGUCCCCCUGGUGGGUGUGCUGGAGACCGUCGCCAUUGCCAAAGCUUUUGCUUCAAAGAAUGAUUACAGGAUUGAUGCCAACCAGGAGCUGCUGGCCAUGGGCACUGCCAACAUCCUGGGCUCCUUCUUCUCCUCGUAUCCCAUCACAGGAAGCUUUGGCCGGACAGCAGUGAAUGCACAGACGGGGGUCUGCACCCCCAUGGGGGGGCUCGUCACAGGCACCCUGGUGCUGCUGUCCCUGGCCUACCUCACCUCGCUCUUCUGCUACAUCCCCAAAGCGGCGCUGGCGGCCGUCAUCAUCUCUGCUGUGGUCCCCAUGUUUGAUGCCAGGAUCUUCAGGACGCUCUGGAGGGUUAAGAGGCUGGACCUCGUCCCCCUCUGUGUGACAUUCCUGCUCUGCUUCUGGGAGGUGCAGUAUGGCAUCAUGGCUGGCGUGCUGGUCUCAGGCAUCCUCCUGCUCUACUCUGUGGCCAGGCCCCCGAUCAAGGUGUUGGAGCAAGGUGUGCUGCUCGUGCAGCCGGGGAGCAGCCUGCACUUCCCUGCUGCUGACCACCUCCGGGACAUCAUCCGUGACCGAGCGCUGGCAGCAUCCCCACCGUGCUCUGUCAUCCUGGAUUGCCACCACGUCAGCAGCAUUGACUACACAGCAGUGGUAGGGCUGGCUGAGUUGCUGCAGGACCUGCACAAGCACGGCAUCUCGCUGGUGUUCUGCAGCCUGCAGGACCCAGUUCUCCGAGCCCUGCUGGCCGCAGACUUGGAGGGAUUCCAACAUUUUCCCAGCUGGGAGGAAGCAGCACGCUGUAGCGAAGCGGAGCUGGGGGUCAGCAGGACAGCUUGCAUUGACAGCACCGGUGAGAGCUCACUGCUGCCUGCAGGGCUUAUCCAGUGAGGCAGAGCAGCGGUGUGGGGCUCGCUCUGUGCCUCAAGAGCUGCUCCCAACAGCCCCAAAGGCUGCACAUCCAGUGCCUGCAAGGGCAGGCAGUGCUUGGGGGAGAGACGUGGGGACAGAGCAGAGACCCGAUGGAUUCCUCCGUGCCUCUGGGAUAAAGUAACCCCUUGGGUUGGCCCCAUCCUGGAAGCAACCGCCUUUUAAAAUCAGAUGUUUUAUUUCUGGAGGCUUUUCUUACUUCGAUACACUUCAGAGAACUGUAAAAUCUUUGAUGCACAUUUCAAGGACAUCGGAGCUGACCUGCAGCUCAAGGCCGCGCUGCAGCUCACACUGCCUGGAAAUUAAAGCCUCUGUUAUAUGCUCCUUA